GCGCCCGCGACGCUGCUGCUUCCGGCGGCGUCGCUGUGAGUGUCAUGGCGGCCUGAGGAGCGGCAGAGGCGGCCAGGGCCAGGUUAACUGAUCCAGAAUGGCCGGGGAGCAGAAACCUUCCUGUAAUCUCCUUGAGCAGUUUAUUUUAUUAGCCAAAGGCACCACUGGGUCAGCUCUAACUGCUCUGAUCAACCAAGUGCUGGAGGCUCCCGGGGUUUAUGUCUUUGGAGAGCUACUAGAAUUAACAAAUGUACAAGAGCUUGCCAACGGGCCUAAUGCUGCUUAUUUUCAGAUGUUGAAUCUUUUUGCCUAUGGAACAUACCCAGAUUAUGUAGCAAACAAGAAUAACCUGCCAGAGCUAACGGGGGCCCAAAAGAACAAGCUGAAGCACUUAACUAUUGUCAGCUUAGCUUCCAGAAUGAAGUGCAUUCCUUACUCAGUGUUAUUGAAAGACCUGGACAUGCGGAACCUGCGGGAGUUAGAAGAUCUGAUCAUUGAAGCUGUUUACACUGACAUCAUCCAAGGGAAACUGGAUCAGCGGAACCAGAUGCUGGAAGUGGAUUUCUGCAUCGGGCGGGACAUCCAAAGGAAGGACAUCAGCAACAUUGUGAAAACACUUCAUGAAUGGUGUGAUGGGUGUGAAACAGUUCUCUUGGGAAUUGAACAGCAGGUGCUUAGAGCCAACCAAUACAAAGAAAACCACAACCGGACGCAGCAGCAGGUAGAAACAGAGGUUACAAAUAUAAAGAAGACCCUCAAGGCCACGGCCUCCUCUUCAGCUCAAGAGAUGGAGCAGCAGCUGGCUGAGCGGGAAUGCCCCCCACAUGCGGAGCAGAGGCAGCCCACCAAGAAGAUGUCCAAAGUGAAAGGGCUGGUCUCCAGUCGCCACUAGCGCCCAGGGCAGCAGCAGGAGGAUGUUACGUGAGGCUCUCCACCCGAGUGACUCUGGAAGGGGCCAUCACACCGCUGCCCCUUCCCCGCCCUGGUGUCUCCUUCCAUCAGCUUCUGGGCCAGUCAGGGAUCUUCAGACCAGAAGCCCUCAAGCUCAGUUGGAUCCAGGCUUCAACCAGCAAGGGACACUGCCAACUUCCUUGACACGCUGGGUGGCUCUUGAGCACCAGAGCCUUUCACGAGGAACUUGAGGGUGGAGUUUAUUCCCAGGUCUUGUUUUGGGGUGUUUUUUUUUGUUUGUUUUUUUUUUGUUUUGUUUUGUUUUGGUUUGGGUGAGGGUGGGGGUGCAGAGGACUGAAACAAGGCACAACUCCCGUCAGGUUCUUGUGGUAGGCUAUGGCCAUCUUGCAAGCCAGUGGCCAUGCUCAUGUUUGACCAUUCACCUUGGGAACAUAAAGCCAGAUCUGGCUUUGGGCUGGGAAACUUGGAGGGCACGGGAUCUCUUACAUUAACCCCCAAACCUGGCCAUGUACCAAAGGGAAUGCAAUGCUCCUGUCCCAGGCAUUGCCUUUUGUUGCUGCCUUCUUUCUUUCCUUGUUCCGUCGACAUUUCCCUUAGGCUGCAACUGUCUACCUCACACUGGGAGGGCCGCAGCUGGGUGCCAGGCCGUGUUUACUUGCCAUCUCUUUUGCUGCCCUUCUUAAGCCCACUAGUUGCCCAGUGCUGCUUAUAUUUUAACAGCUAUGAAGUGGAGGAGGUUAGUGGGGAUGUCAGAGGGGCAGAGCUGUCUGGGGGGGGGGGGGGGCACAGCUGCUAUGCCAGUCUCUUCCUGCUUAAUCCUGCCUCUGCCCAGCCAUUAUGACAAGGGGACAGGGUUGCUGGUGUUGUACCUUCUCCACAUGUUCUGAGGUAAUAGUGUCUCUCUCUCUCCUGCAUCCUUCGAAGUGUCACAUGUUAAAAUCUCCCCGGAUGAAAGUGAGCUCGGUGAAAGGGGUCCUUCCUUUUGGCCUUGCUGUCCCGGAGUCCUCUUGACAGAGCAAGAGAAGUGCCCUGUCAGGGCUGCUACCAUAAGGCUUUCAAAACUUGAACACCCUUUUUGUUUGUAUUCCACCACCAACACUUUGAUUUUGUACACUUGUUGUUGGAAGGCUGGAGUAUUCCAGCCUUUCUUUGCUUUUUUUUUUUUUAAGUUGCUGUUUGUUACAGACAAAUUGAAGGUGACUUGGUCAGAAAGAUUGUUUUCUUUUCUAUUAAAAAAGAAAUUCACA